AUGGCUCUAUCAGCAGGGUCGCCUUCUGCCAGAGUCCCACUGGAGAAGGGAAGCGACGGUCGCCCUCGGUUCCACGGUUGUUCAAGUAUACGCGAAUUUGAGUUCUUGGGGAAACUGGGUGAAGGUACUUUUGGUGAAGUUUACAAAGCCAGGUCCAAACGGAAGGGCGCGAUCUUCGCCUUGAAGAAAAUAUUGAUGCAUAAUGAAAAGGAUGGGUUUCCUAUUACUGCCCUCCGUGAAAUAAAGCUGCUCAAAAUGCUCUCGCAUCCAAACAUACUUCAGCUGCAAGAGAUGGUUGUCGAAAGGCCCAAGGGCGAGGGUCGGAAAAAGCCGAGCAUGUAUAUGGUUACGCCUUAUAUGGAGCAUGAUCUGUCAGGCUUGCUAGAGAACCCUAAGGUUCAUUUCAGUGAACCUCAAAUAAAAUGCUACAUGCUACAGCUCCUAGAAGGGCUUCGAUAUCUGCAUGAGAGUCGCAUCUUACACCGAGAUAUGAAAGCGGCGAAUCUCCUCAUUAGCAAUAAAGGCAUCCUUCAGAUAGCAGAUUUUGGGCUUGCUCGACCUUAUGAUGAGCCACCACCGCAGCCCGGAAAAGGCGGAGGUGAGGCCAAAAGGGAUUACACGACGCUUGUGGUCACGCGAUGGUAUAGACCUCCCGAGCUUCUCCUCCAACUUCGUCGAUAUACCACCGCUAUUGACAUGUGGGGCGUCGGGUGUGUCUUCGGCGAGAUGUUCAAAAGAAAACCCAUACUUGCUGGCAACAGCGAUCUUAAUCAAGCACACUUAAUUUUCAACCUGGUGGGGACACCUACCGAAGAGAACAUGCCUGGCUGGAGUUCGUUGCCAGGAUGCGAAGGGGUAAAGAACUUUGGGUCCAAGCCUGGCAAUCUCGCUCAGGUUUUCAAGGACCAAGGGCCCGUGGCUAUCUCUCUGCUUACAGAACUCCUGAAGCUCGAUUGGCGCAAGAGGAUAAACGCUAUAGACGCCCUCAAGCAUCCUUACUUCGAAACACCACCACUCCCAGCCAAGCCAGGCGAACUGCCUCAAUUCGAAGAUUCCCACGAGCUCGACCGCAGAAAGUUCCGCGGACAACGCGCGGGCCCGCCACCAGCGCCUGCAGGAGGGUCAGCUGGAAUUGGCUCGAAUCCUGAAUGGGCCAUGAAAUCCGCGGGGCGACCCCCUAAUGAAAAUAGAGGCGGUCGGAUACCUGGAGCAGCGCGACCGAGUUAUGCCAAUGCUCCUCAGCGACGUCCUGGUGACGCGCGCCCUUCUGAGGGCCAAGCAAAGCAAGGGUUUGACGAUGGCCAUCAACACCUUCCUGCUUGGCAUAGGGACAGGCUACCUCCUAAGCCGCCGGUAUCAGCUUCAGCUCACCAGGGAUGGAGUGGAAGACGGGAUCGGCCGCUGCCGCAAGGUCAUGCUAGCGGACGUCCCGACAGCCGGGUAGACUCUUAUGUUCCGAGGUAUGAUGGUACGCGCGAUCGAUCCCGGUCCCGGGACGUCGAUAGUCUGAGAUCAGAGGCCGAGUGGCGUGACAGGAGAGAUGGUGACCGCGACUACUCUGCGCGAAGGCGUAGUCGAAGUCCGACCUCCAGGGAUCGAGGGCGAGAAGCGGAUCAAAGUUACAAUGUGUAUCGUCGUUGA